AUGCGAGUUUUCACGUACGAGCCGACCACUUCAACGCCCCCAGGACUAGCCUUCAGACAACAGACUCAAAAUGGUGCUUUGGAAAAUAUGAUGAUGAAGAGAUAUAUAUAUCAGGUAUCUGGAUUACGACCGUUGAGUCGUGCCAUUUCGGGAGAAGCGUGCAAGGCUAACACGAAGACGCUGCGGAUGAGGAUACCGCGUCCCGUAUCAAGGUACACCGAAAAUGAACCCGCAACAAACAGUCAAAACGUUCCAGUUGAAAGCGUAGACCAAGAGAAGGUGAUUGUUAAGCCGUUCAACGAAAAUUUUGCCUUUCAGACAGAGUUGUUGCAGGUUACUCCGAGCAAGACAGUCCCAGUUCAAGAGAGUCAGCCUGCUCUAGCACCUGCCAUAAGUUCAAAGUACCUCCCCACCGACCAGUCGAAUUUGCUACCCUACGAAAAUUUCCCGGAUGGACUGGAUACUCCCAUAAAUGUGUACAACUCGAUAAGAAGACCCAGUGGGCCAUAUGUUCAGGAGAACCGACUCUCGGUCACUUCGUUGCUUACGGAGAGGUGGUGCGAGCUGAAGGAGUUUUACCGCGAUUUCGUGAUUGGAAAGGAAGAAAGGCCGACGGAGGCGAUGAAGAGGGGAUCAGAAGAACACGAAAAACUGGAAUUGACUUCGCAUACCGUGAGUGUUCAUGAUUUGGAGCUCGGUGAAGAAGACAAAGCUACCACAGUCACCACAGAUAAGGAUGGUGUCAGACGCUUAAAUUUGAAGCUGGAUGACACAACCGAUGUUCCAUUGAUUAAGCUUCCAGAAAAACUGGAGCACAUAGAAAAUGAUGAUGCUGCUUUACAGGAAAAAUACCUCGAGAGCAAGAACCUGUUGCUGAAAUACUUAUCCAAGGACCGUCUGAACGAAUUUGAAAAAAGGGCAUUUGAGUGGAAUAAGAACAUUUCAAGACUAUGCAGUCUUCUCAAAUACGGCGAGUCAAGAGAAAUUUUAGUUCAUGGAAUGAUCCGCCCAUCGACAUUGGCGUUUUUGGGAUUCAAGGAUGUUCCAUAUGCUUCAGAUGAGUCGGAGUUUGAUAAAGAUAUUCUUGUGAGCGGAAUAAUAGACCAUCUGGUUUUGGAGAGCGCUUUAACAAAUGGAAUAUCUGAGUAUCAGAAAACUUUAACAAGAAAGCUACUGCGAGAUAUAGACGAUAAACCUGUCCAGAACGAUAGAGGUGCAUUUGACAUGAACAGGUUCAUUGCGGCUGUCCAGUCAACUACGGCUGAAGACGGAUGGAACAACUCAAAUCUUGCAAGACCAAGGCUAAGAAUCGUGGUGAAAGAUAUUAAAACACGGCGUUGGAAAAAUUUGCCGAGGCAGGAUAGGGUCAGACGAUCUUCCAAAUACCAGGUGAUGUACUACAGAAAGUUCUUAGGACUGCUGUCUGGAGAAUUCGCAUCCAACAGAUAUGCCCCACAGGAACAGGAGACCAAUCCUGGAGAGUUUGGAUAUCUCAUGAUGUUGGCAAAUGCCAAAAAACGAGGUUUUGACGUGGACCAGCCCAUCAGACCGGAGCUGGCUCUGGUUCUCUCGCUGAACAAUCAAUAUCUAGAGCAGGACCUUUUGAGACUUCAGAAAGGGCAAAGUUUGGGGUUUAUGCCUUACGAUGCUCAUGGUGGUGAUCAAAGUGUUGGCUACAGUCUUUCUGGACUAUCGAUGAUGGUUCAAAACUACAAUAACCAGACCACGUCUCAACUGGAUAGUCUCAUUCUGGAGAGGGUGGAUUCAGGCUUGUUCACCGAAUGGAAGAGACCACUGACACUACGGACUCUUGCUGCCAGAAUGGCCCAAUUGUACUCGCUUCUUCAGCCUCUUCUUAGCGAAAGAUGUGCUGUUGAGUAUGUUGCCAAUGGCUCACCAUUUGUCCAACUAAAGUUUGACUACGACGAAAACGCUUUGAACAAAACCACCGUCUCUUCAAUGCAAUACUGGUUGGGACUGAGACCGCCAAAGCCAGUUUCGAAGAACGAGACCAAGAUCUAUUGCUCGUAUUGUGACUUCAGGCCCAACUGCAAGUGGUAUCUGGACCAACAGCCUACGAAUUGA